UAAUAAAGCACAAAAAAGUGAUUUUACUGAUAUUUGAUGGAUGAGAAAGACAAUAUUAUAAAAUAAUGCAACCACUAUCGUUAUUUUGUUGUUCUAAAAAUGACAAUCAUAAAAUUUUGCAUUUUUGUUCAAAGAGAGCUUUGUAUUGGCUGUUUGCUACCCUAAGGCUUGUAUUAGUUUUUGUUCCACAAACUGGAUAUAUUCAUCCAGAUGAAUUUUUUCAAUUUAUAGAAGUAGCUGCAGGCGAUAGUUUUGACAUUGAUGUUUAUAAGCCUUGGGAAUUCAAUAUAACAUUUCCUGUGAGAAACUCCUUAUUUCCACAAUUAUGUGUCAGAAUUCCUUAUUUUAUACUUGCAGGUCUUAAUCCUUAUUGCGAAUACUUUUUUGGCUUUUCAUUAAAAACUCCAUAUUUCCUUAUACUAUUUCCACGUCUUAUGAUGACUAUUUUGUCAUUUACAUCGGAUUACUGUUUAUACAAAAUUUGCUUAAUAUUUCGUCGAUCUUACAUCGACAGAUUAACAGUUUUUGCAAGUUCUUAUGUUAUGCUAAUAUAUUCCACCCGUACAUUUUCCAAUGCCGUCGAAAUGAUAUUAACAUCCGUUUUAUUAUAUCACGUUUCAAGAUGCAUGGAAUUAUCAAACAAGGUUGUACUUCAAAGCGAUUAUCUUGCAGAUAAAUACUAUAGAGCAAAAACUGGUGUGGAACGUACAAAAAUUUAUAAACUUCGCAUGUCCUUACCGCCACAUUCUUUAAACGAUUGUCUUCUACUCGCAACGAUUACAGUAUUUGGCAUUUUUAAUAGACCAACUUUCCUAGCUUUUUCAUUCGCACCAAUAUUUUUUUGGCUUCAUAGGGGACUCGGAUCGAAAAGUGUUGGAUUUUUAGAUUUUCAUAUAAGAAUGCUGACAUUUAUCUGCUUUGGAAUUCCAACAGUUAUUGGCUUAAUUCUUUACGAUAGCUUAUAUUUUGGAUAUUUAACAAUGGCUGAAAUUGGAAAAUUUGAAAUCAGUAUGAAUAAUUUUGUUGUCACUCCGUUUAAUUUUUUAAAAUAUAAUUCAAUCACCGACAAUCUCAAGAAUCAUGGAAUUCAUCCCUGUUUCUUACACGUAGCUGUAAACGUGCCUCUACUUUUUAACGUACUUGGGAUUAUAGGGAUUAUUACUUUCGGAAGAAUGCUAAAUAGUGGCUUGAGAGGUAGAUGGCUGGAAUUACCUCGCAUUCAAAAUGUUGAAAGUUUCAUGGUCGCAUCUUUUAUUAUUCCUAUCGCUAUGCUAUCAAUUUUUCCUCACCAAGAGCCCAGAUUUAUCAUACCUGUAUUAAUACCAUUGGUUUUUUUAUUCGCCCAUUGGAUCAAAAACUCUUCUAAUAGUAAUGUAGUGAACAUUACAGAGAGAAGAAAAGCAAACGAUAAGCCAAAUAAAAAUUACAAAAUAGGAUUGAAAGGUGUUUGGUACAUUUCUAAUAUUAUUUUAGCAUUAUUCUAUGGCUUUGUACAUCAAGGUGGCGUUUUACCUUUAACAUUUCAUUUAUCUAGAGAAUUGAAAGCAAAACCUUACCUUACACACAUUCACUACUUUAGUUCAUAUAUUUAUCCACUGCCAACUGGACUUCUGCACUUGAGAAAUACAAAAAAAACUUACAUAAGUAAUUCGGGUCAUAAAUACGUACUUACGAAAGAUUUUUUUAUACAUGAAUUUGGCUCGGAAAGUGUACGCUCCAUAUAUAAUAAUAUUACAGCGACUAUUGAGAAAUGUGAAGAGAACUUACUUGUUAAACAGAUUCCUUACAGACUGUAUUAUGCCCUUCCAUACAGCUUUUAUAAUGAAUUUACGAGCUUAGUAUUUUAUAAUGAAACGAAAUCCUUGAAAUUCAAUUUAGUCAAGAUAAUUUAUCCACAUAUUUCGAUUGAAAAACUGCCACUAUCUAACAUACAAUGGAAUUAUCUAAGCUUAAGGACAUUAGAAAAUAGUACAUUUAAUUUUGCUGAAAACUUGUCAAAUAAUAUUAUAAACUUUUUAAAACAAUUUACCUUGGUACUUCUACAGAUCGAACACAUAAAUAAUAGGUAAUUUUUAAUGCGUUAUAUAUAGUAAACGUGUUAUAAUAUUUCCAUUGCGCCUUGAAUAAGGUUAAGCUAGUUGGAUCCGUACACAUUUUUAUCAAUUUUUGAUAAAGCUUAUUUAUAAUUAUUAAAUUACAAAUGUAUAAU